AUGCCUUCCUCAUCGGCGAUAUACAAACUCGUUGAGCCGCAUCCACAUGCGACUACCCCAUACAUUCACACUGCGCGGGGUGGUGCUGGCAAUGUAGCCAGCGCAACAUCGACUACCGACGGCUCCAACGCUACCGGCCCUGCCUCCCGUCAUCCCUCACUAUCCACCCCAAGGAGGACAGUCUUCACUUCAGGGCGAGGAGGCGCAGGCAACCUACAUACACAAUCCGAACGAGCCAUCUUUUCUUUCGACGAGGAACUUGAGAGGGAAAUGAGACAGACACAGGACCUGGCGCCAGUGUGCUACGUUGGCAGGGGAGGAGCGGGGAACAAAUUCUAUGUGGAUCAAGCCAUUCAAAGAGUCGAAGCUGCAGACUCGGACUCGGCAGUGAGCACCAGCAGCAGCGAGUGCGAUACAGCUCCAGAUACUCUAAAUCGCAAGCUGAAGAAGGGAUGGGGCAAGGUGAUUGCACUAUUCUAA